CUAAAAUGGAUCCAAAUCCCAACAAUAAUAGCUACAAUUCCUCCGAAGAGCCAGAGCAAAGCUUGACUCCUGAUGAAUACAGAACCCUGCUAGAACAUAUAGAAGACCUUGAAUAUGGGGAGUUAGAUGCAGCUCAGAUUGACAAGGCAGUAGAAAGUAUCAGAAAUCUCUCAGAGUUCCUCAUAUAUGGCAGCAAAGAACAAAAUUCCUACUUCGAACUCUUUAUAGAGCGGAAUAUUCUCGGGAUUUUCAGUAGGAUCCUUGAAAAAUAACUGUGAUGAGAUUAAUACUCAGUUAAUACAGACAACCAGUAUUUUAAUUCAGAAUAUACAGAAAGAACAGGAUUCAAUUUACUUAUUAUCACAUCCCUUUCUGAACAAUCUGAUAUCCCACAACUUUAAUUUGUCCGAACAUGGAGAGAUUGUGGACUACCUGAUCUCCUUUCUCAAAAUGCUGGCACUGCGAAUUGACAAAAAUAAUGUCCAUUUCUUCUAUAACAUCAGGUUUAAGAACUUUCCACUAUAUGGAACAGCUGUUAAGCUGUAUAACCACUCUGAAUUAAUGGUGAGAACAGCAGCUAGAACCAUUGCUCUUACUCUUUUCAGGAUAGGGAGCCAAAAUAUUAUUAACGCUGUACUCUCGCUUCCGCAUGCUAAUUACUUCCCUCAUCUUGCGUGAGAGCUGAGAGAUAGGUGGAUCAAAGUGGACCAAAAUAUAAUUUCUGACCUUGAUGCAGAAGACUUAAGAGAUGAGCUAGACGAUAUCAGCGAUAUGCUAAUGUACCUUCAGGACAUUUUUAACCUGAAUAUUCCUGAUCUCACAAUUGCAUUGUCCAACUCACUCCUGUACUAUGCCUACUUUCCCUCAUUGAUAGGGAGUCUGGGUUGAACUAGCAAAAAGCCUGAUAUAAACAGCUACUCAGCAACUAUUUUUUUCCUAACCCAGACAUAUGACAGCAUCAAGGAGCCAUUGUUCAUUAAUGCGCUUUCUUGCGGGUUGUUCCUGCAACAAAUUCCUAUCCCAUAUGCUAAGUGGAUAGUCAAUGCCAUUCAGCCACCAAAGACAUACGAGAGGACAUAUGCCUUCAGAAGUGAGGACAUCGACCUUGUCAGGUAUGUAGAGGAGAACCUUUCCAAGAACAACAUUGAAGGAUUUAUCAACUCUGAAUACCCCUUUCUCGAACAAAUUCAAGAAGAAUACCAGAGGCUCAAAGAAGCCAAAGAGGAGGAAGAGAUUGAUGAUACUUAUGAUAAAUCCGACGAGAACCAACGAGAAGCAAUUGAGUUAGUCCUUUCCAAACUUAAUUAUGGCGAAUUAGCCAAGAUUAAGGAAGCUCAUCUUGCUCUUUCUUUAUCUAUUGGCAAACCACUCGGUGUUUGGGAAGGUUCGAAGGAUUAUAAUUACCUUAGCCCAACUGAUUUUUCUGAAGCUAUACUUGACUCCCUAUAUAAUGACAAUUUCCAGUCAUACUUAAGGAAGGAGAACUUUAUGACUAAUAAAUACUCAAAUACUUUACUAAACUUUCUCAGAUCCAAGGAUGACAGCUUGUUAUUACUAAUCGGAGGGUUGCUCUACAAGUAUUCACUUUCCCAAACAGUAGACCCGGCUUUAUUAUUUGAGACGAAAUUCUAUCCAAUAGGGAAUCGGAAAUAAGAGCCAGCUCUUACAUUCACUCAUCGAUGAAAGAGAUACAGAGAUAAAAAGUACACCCAAAAGGUCUAUCCUCAACUUUGAAGAAGAGAAGACCCUCAUAUCUGGAUCUCAACGUGAUAAAUAUGAGUUUGAGAGCAAUAUUAUAAGAAAAUCUAAGGGAAAUUUCUAUGACGAUAAGAUCAUGAAUAUGCUGUUAGAUUUGCUAAGAACUGAUCCUCCUUUCCGGACUACUACCUUAAAGCUUAUAUCGGUUAUCGCCUGAGGUCUGUGUUACUCAAAGAAAGGGGUAGAUUGACUUUCAAUAAAGCAAUUUGAUAUGCUAGUUGAUGCUUUCUUGAAAACUAUCAAGAAUAUUAAAAAGCUAUACUCCAAAAAGUCAUUGAAUAUAGUCUUCAUUGAUGUCUUCGAGAAGCAAUGGAGAGCAUUCAAGUUCAUUGAUCAUGAACUUCUUAAUAAGGUGAUUCGAAGCCAUUGGUCUCUUGUCCCGCUUUACGAGGAAAAAUAUAAAUCUAAGCUUCCUGCAUUUCUCAAACUUUAUGAGAAUGACCUUCAGGAACUAAAUAAUGCAAUUGAUCAAUUUUUGACAUUAAGGUAUAUGAUUUAUUAUCUCAAAUUCAAAGUUGAUUUGACCAAACCUCAGAACUAUCCCUUUGAGCAUGAGCACAGAGAUGUGUAUGACUGGAACAUUGGAGAUGUUAUCACUGAAAUCAACAAGACUUUGGUUCUCUGAAAUAUCCAAAUAAACAACUCUCUUCAAAUGCGAUAUGUUGUGCUUGAUCCUGAAUUCUUCAUCUUAAUAGAGCCUGGAUUUGAGGGAAGCAACCUCAAAUCGAUUAGAGUAGAAAUAAAGGCGCCUUUAAAAACAAUUGACACCCAGAUGGAUUUCCGUGAUAAAAAGCGCCUUCAUAUAGGCAUAAGCGAGUUGACUGAGACUGGAGAGGAGCUUUACCAUCCCUUUAUUUUCCAUUUUGAAAGUUUCCAUAGCUGUAAAUCUAUCAAAAAGACUAUUGACGAUAACAAAAAGAACCAGAAGAAAUUCCUAGAUGCCCUAAUUAACAGCUUCUUCGAUCAGAGUAUUAAUGAAGUCCAAGAUGAAGACGGCAUCUAAAAUUAGUCCUGAAUUAAUCUAUUUUUGAGCAAAA